AUGAGUUCAUGGAUUGAUUUAGAAUUUAGAUUGCAUAAUAAUAAAACGAUCGAUAAAAACAUUCAAGACCAAAUUAAUAGAGAUAGAGAACAUUGGAAAAAUGUAUUGUCAAGAAUUAUUUUUGUCAUAAAAACUCUUGAAAGAAAUAAUUUGGCAUUUAGGGGGGAAAAUGAAAAAAUCUAUCAAGAAAAUAACGGAAACUUCUUGAGUCUUAUUGAAAUGAUUGCAGAAUUUGAUCCAAUUAUGCAAGAACAUAUUCGACGAAUCAAACAUGAUGAAAUUCAUAAUCAUUAUCUUGGACAUAAUAUACAAAAUGAAUUAAUAAAUUUAUUGGCAAGUGAAAUUAAGAACAAGAUUAUUGAAAAAGUAAAAGUGGAUGAUACAAGUGGAAAAGGUCUUUUUGAAGUUAUUUUAGAUGAAAUAAAAUGUAUUGGACUUGAUAUUGAUAAUUUAAGAGGACAAGGAUAUGAUAAUGGGUUUAAUAUGAAGGGAAAACACCAAGGAAUUUUCUUCGUCUACUAA